UCAUGGCCACCUGGCCCUCCUCUUCCGACCCUUCUAAUCAGCAGCCUGAGGCAAUAAGGAAGAGAAAUAAGUCCGAUCAAAUUAAGUUCCUGAUUCCUCUCAUCUACGCCCCCGUGCUUCCCCUCAUUCGGAUCACGCUGCGGAAACAACCGGUUCUAAGGGACCGUCUGUUUAUUGCUGUGUUGGCUGGGGCAUUUGCUCAUGGCACUUAUUUGGUGUAUCCUUUUGUUGAGAUAUCGAAUUAUUGUGAUUGUUAUAAUGUUAUACUUGGUGACAUUCUGCUAAGAAAUUGCUAUGCUUGAUUAAGAAUGCGCCAAGUAUUGAUCUUUGCAUUUGAAUGGUUGAGGAUGUUAGAAGUUGGAAAUGAUUAGUACAUACUAAAUGUUUAUUUAUUUUAGUAUUUUGACUUAGCGAAUUUGGAUUGUUAGGGGAUGCAUUUGCAAUGAGAGGCUGUAGAAUAAGAAGUGUAACUGAACUCAGGGAGAGGUACAACUGCUUUGUUUCAGAUGUUUAAGAGUGUGCGUAAAUGUUAGCACAGAGAGUUGACGAUGUCUGAGUGGAAAAGAGCGUGAUAAAGCAUGUUUCUUUCUGUAGUUGACGCUCGUUGUGUAUAUGUGCUCAUCUGGUUUCUGUCUUACUAAUGAGCGUUGGAAGUUCCGGUAGUAGUUCAUACUUCAUAGGGAAAGGGAGGAUUGAUCUUUAAGAGUGUAUGUAGACAUGCACAGGCAGUUUAUGGUGGCUGAGAGCAGACAGGGAAGAUAAAUACAACUCUUUGUAUAGUUGGGUGAUGUUUUCAUCCGCUUUCUUUAUUUUGUCUCAGUUGUUCAUUAUUUAUCGGGUUUCGUCUGUUGAUGUUUCAUUGGAGGAAUAAGAUGUUAGGACUUAGGGGAAUUUGUUUUAGAUAAUUUGUUUGAAUCACAAGCUCAAAUUUAUAUUGGUAAUAUGGUACUGGAUAUGAGAUUUCAUAGAUAGUAGAGUACCUCAUUUUUUCUUUUCUGCUUGCAAGUUAGAGUUCUUCACUGCAUCCUCUUGUGGUUCCUAGGGAGAAUUAGCAUUCAGUAGUUAUUCUGAAUUAAUCCUUUGAUUUAACCAUGUUUAAGCAAAAGUUUUCAUUCAAAGUAAUACGGUAUCAGAGUUAUGUUCAUGUAAAUUUCUUCUCAAGAAUCUUCCACUGUUAUUAACUUUUUGCAACUCUAUGUCUCGUCUUUUUUUUUCUUUGUAUUCUGUUGUUGAUCCUUAACAGACUUUUUGCAGGACGGAUCUUUUUAAUUGAGAGCAAGUAAAAUUUGCACACAUAGUUGAGAUAUGAGGUAGCGUACAUCUCUUCAACAACUUUGAAUUGUUUUGCGGAUUCUUUGCAGCUCAAUGCUUCAAUGGCUCCCAGAGUAUACUAAUACAAUUUUGAUAUUGUCUCUGGAUGAUUCCUAGAUUAUAUCCA